ACGCACUGGUAUCAAGAGAAGAGGAAAACAGAGGAAGAGAGGAAGAGAGAGAGAAAGAAAGAGAGAGAGAAAGAGAGAUAAAGAAAGAGAGUGAAAGAGAGAGAGACAAACGUGCUUGUAAUGAGACAUUUGUGAUUAUACAUUAUUACAAAAAAUAAUAUAACAAAAUUUGAUUUAUGUCUUUAAAAACUAGCUUCGAAAGAUUGUUGUUAAAGCAAGUUAUUAUCAUAGUGUGUUUACUUUUUAUUUCGAUCAAUUUGUUGUCAUCCGUUUGAUUUAUUAUCGAGGGAAAUAUUUUGCACUUCUUCUUGGUUUUAGAGUCAAAGUGGAUAAAUUAAGAAGAAUCCGUGAAGUGUCAAUUCCACCCAUGAAAUCGACGGUACCUUUUCAACAAUUUAGAAAAUGCAUCAUUCUAUUUAUAGUCGGCAUGGUUUGCAGCGUAUUGAGUUAUACAAUCUAUAUCGUCAAUCCUCUUAAAAUGAUACUAGAUUACAAUUUAGAUAUGAAACCAAACUCAUUCAUUUUCUCGUUAUGGAAAAAGCCUCCCAUCGAUAUAUUCCAUAAAGUAUAUAUUUUCAACAUCACCAAUCCCGUUGAGUUUUCAAAAGGUACGGAGAAACUUAAACUCGAGGAAGUUGGGCCUUAUGUAUAUCAAGAAUUCUUAGAACAAACAAAUGUAACGUUUAACGACAACGGCACUAUAACUUAUACUCCAAGAAGGACUGUAUUCUUCGUACCAGAAUUAUCAAAGAGCGAUCCCAAGGAGGAUUUUGUUAACAUACCAAAUAUUGCAAUGUUGGGCAUAGCGUCUGCGUUAUCCGAUGCCGGAUUUUUUAUUAAUUAUCUUAUGACGCAAUUGACUAAUAUGAUCGGUAGUGAACCCAUACUGAAUAUCACGGCUUAUGAUUUUUUAUGGGGUUACGAAGAUAAUUUAGUAAAAUUAGCGGCAGGAAUAUUACCGGCUUACCUUCAAUUUAGAAAAUUAGGUCUCCUUGAUAGGAUGUAUGACGAGGGUAAAAACAUCAUAAAUAUAAAUAUUCGUAAAAACGAUGAUAUGAGGGACGAAAAUGGACGUUACUUCAGUAUUCAAACCUAUAAUGGAAGUCCCGGAUUGUCUCAAUGGGGAUAUCGUGAGGAGACAAAAAACAAAACUUAUCCGGAAAAUACAUUGUGUAAUAGUAUUCGUGGUGCUUCAGAAGGAGGAGUGUUUCCACCAAAUAUAGACAAACGUGCUGUCUUUCGAGUUUUUCGAAAAUCUUUUUGCAGAACGUUACCAAUAGUAUUUAAGGAAGAUAUUUUCAUUGAUGGAGAUAUUCCGACUUAUGUUUAUAAAAUGUCGGAUGAUUUUUUAGAUCCUCCAGACAAAAAUCCUGACAAUGAAUGUUACUGUCGCAAAUUGAAAAAAUGUUAUAGAAAAGGAUUGUCUGACUUGACGGCAUGUUAUUAUAAUAUCCCAUCAGCCGUAUCUUUACCACAUUUCCUUAACGGUGAUCCAAGUUUAUUAGACGAUGUGGAAGGUCUUCAUCCAAAUCCAGAAAAACACGCUACACGGAUUGUAAUUCAACCUGACAUAGGUAUGGUGGUAGGAAUAAAUUCAAGAAUACAAACGAAUCUUGUGAUGCAUUACACGCAGUAUAAUCCUAAAACCAAACCAUUUAACAAUAUAACGAUACCAUUGUUUUGGUCCGAUUUGACGACUGCAUCUCUGUCAAGUGAUUUGUUAUUUCUGCUAAGAUUGAUUCUUAUUGUAUUGCCUGUCAUACAAACUAUGGUAAUGUAUUUAUUAAUAAUUAGUGGCAUAACACUGAUAACUUUAUCGCUAGUAUCAUCUAUUUGGGUAUUUAAUCAGCAUCGACAUCAACAAUCUGAGUUCAUCAGUAGUGAUAGUGCGGAUUUAAGGAUACCUUUAAAAUAUGAUCAAAAUACGACUAUUCAUAUUUUACCAAAUAUACAAAAUAUAAAAUCAAAAUCGAACUUAUGUAGUUAAUCGAAGAUAACAAAUACAAAUGUAUGUUAUCACUUCCUAGAUAAUUAAAAUUUUCAUAACAGGAACUAAGAAAAUAAGAUGAAAUGUAAUUUAAAUGUGAUAAAAUCUGAUAAAAAUUGCAUAAUCUAAAUUAUUUUAUAUAAUGGAUCAGAGAGAUUACAAAUUUCUGCUUAUUUUAUGUAUGUAUGUAUGUAUAUAUUAUACAGUACUUUUUUUGUAAAAAAAGAUGCUAAAACUCAUUUUUUAUAAGAAAAUUAUAUUCAAAUAUAAAGAAUAGAGAUCUAAAUAUACUACAUACAUUCUUCAAUAAACAAAAA